CCCCAGUAAGUUUCUUCCCGUACAACCAGUGCAUGCAAGUACACCUAAAUUGCAGAAAACUCUUCCCUUAUGACUAAACAAAAAACUACAAAAACAAAAAAGUCUCUAGAUGGUUCUAGAAACAAUUCCUCUAAAACACUUAGUGCUAAAAAUGUAUUACCAAUUUUCUCAUUUAGAGUGCUUGAAAACAAAAACUCAUCACAAGACAAAAAGAAUCAGGAUAUCUAUGAGUUUACAUAUGACCCUAAUGAUGAACCACCACCUCAGAAGAAAAAGAAACGAAGGGUUGUUAAGAAAAAGCCGUCAAAGCCCAAAACUGUAGUAUUCAAACAUAAUUAUGACCGAAAUCUGUCUAAAACUUUGUCAGCUCUUAAAAGUGCUGUUGCUAAGAAACAUGUUGAAAUACAAAAAACACCUAAUCAAGAGAUAAAUCCUAAUUCAGUAAUGGCCAAUAAUCAUGGGACUAUCCAAAUAUCCACAAACGUGGAAUCUGUAACAAAUACAGUCACCAGUAAACCAACCACACCAACUACAAUUGAAGCCCCUACAUUUCCAGAAAGAAACAAAUCAGUACAAAUAGAAGACAUUGCUGCAGAUUUAGAAAUCUCAUUAGAUCAUCAAGACCUAAAUUAUUCCCCAGUUAAUUCUCCGGAUCCUAAUUGUUUAAAAAGCCCUACAGUUCAAGUACAACCUCCAACUCCUCAAACAAGUCCUAGAUACAAUAAUGAUCCGUUGAAUUUGAGAGAUAAUUUAAGCUUCUUUGAUGAUCAACCUGUUGCAAGUAGUAGUAUGAAUAUGUCUGUGAGACAUCCGUUAGCCAGCCCUUGGAGGAUUGAAUUUGAAAGUCUUCCUAUCAAAUGGCAUGUCAAUUCCUAUGUUAAACCUAACAUGACACCAGCAGUUGAAUGUUCAUUUGUGAACUUUGAAGACAGUAAGAAAAAACAUGUUUAUACUAACAUGGUACCACAAAGCAAUGAACCAUUGCCUCAGAUUGUUGAAAAGAGUUCUGCUAAUCUUGUACAGCCUAGUAUAAUUUCUUUCAUAAAAGAAGUUGUGGAAAAGAGUGCUAGUAAAAAGCCAAGACCAAGGUCUGAGACUCCAACAGCUUGUAUUUUCAGUGAAGCUACUAAUUCUAGUAAAGUAAUUGAUAAUGUGACAAAACAUACCAGGCAAGUUAUUACACCUAAGAAAACUACAACAGAUAAGGCAACAUCAAAAAAUACACCAAACUCUUCAAACAAGAAUGAAAAUUCAACUACAUUGAAUAAGCAAAAUCCUCGUGAAAGUUUAAAACGUAAAAAUGAUUUUGAUCUAAUUGAAAUACCAGCUAAAACUCCUAGGCAAGAUAACAACAAUUACUUUGGUUUUGAUGACAGUGAGAUUGAUCAAGAGAAUGUAUCUCCUAAUAAAAAUAUAGAUGCUCGGAAAGUAAGAGCUCUGAGGCCAAGGGCUAGAGAAGUAUUAAAAGAGAUUAAUGAACAAGGACCAACCCGUGCUUUACUGCCUUUGGCAGUAAAACCUAAAGAUUCUGAAAGAGUAAACAGAUUAUAUGAAGAGAUGAAAUCUGCUACUGAUGCUCCAAUAUUCCCUGAUGAGGAUGCGUUACAAAAUGAACCAGCCCCAGAGACAACUAAUAUUGAUUUAAUUGAUAAUGAAGAUUCACAAUCUGUGCAUUUGUUUGAGGAUAUUGAAUUUGCACGUCAUUUGAAUGCCCAUUGUAAAAGCUAUAGCAAAGCAAAGAAAGUAGCAUUCCGCCAACCAUCAACAUCUGACAGUGAUUCUCAGAGUGUCAACAUAGUACAGGCUGAGGCCUCUAGCGGUGAAGAAGAUGACUUAAAUGACCUCAACUUUGAGGUGCCUUUGGUUGAAGAGAAGAAACCCAGAAAGAAACGAAGUAAGAAACAGAAAAUGACAAAAAAAGAGCGCGCGGAGGCAGAAGCAUGGGCAGCGAAUUUUAACUCUAUGUGCGAGGACGUCGAAGAUUUCCCGCUCGUUUUGGAAUAAACCGCGAUCAUGAUGUAAAGUUAAGUUUCUACACUAGUGACAUUAAAAAUGUGAUUAAAUACGCCUAAACUAUUUGUACUCUACAAUAGGAGCAACAAAAUGUUUUCAUUUAUUUCUUGAAAUAGUUAUUUGUUAUGCAAGGCUGCAAAGUUGUUAUUGGACGCGAGUGCUUAUGUUGAAACCUGAGCAAGCUAAGGAUACUAAUAGUAUCUUGAGCACAGCAAGGGUUUCAAGCCACGAGACUUAAAACAACUUUGCUGCCGAGCGAAACACACAGUUUUUCACCUCAGUAUAAUGCGAGGAAAAUGGAUGAAAGAAAAACAGUUGAACCAUAACAAAUCGGUUUUAUUCAUUCAUACAUUAAAAAUAAUUUAAUAAACAAAAUUAGGUAUCGUUCGAUAUUUAAAAUCAACAAUAAGAAUAAAAUAUACCAACGGAUUUAUAUUACAUAAAUAAUGUACGACAAAUCGCGUAGUUGAACGUAUCAUGUUUUUUUUCAAAAAGUUAGGUGCACCACAGUCCAUGGUUUAUUACGAAUUUCAAAAACCUUUUCGCCUCUAGCGUUGAAAAAAUGCUUUUGCGCGCAGAUUUCUAAUAAAAAAGCCUUUCCGAGCUAGUGAGGUGAAAACGUAUUUUGCAAGUUUUCUAAAUAACCGGUGUCUUUACUUGAACUCACUAAUGGCUGUCUUCCAGUCUUCUUGCAAAUUUUGAUGAAUGAUGAUGAACGGAAAAUUGAUGAUUAAGUUUUCCGUUACAAAAUCAAGAAUGUUUUACACAAUACUUGCUUUGGCUAAAUUAUUAUAAGAAUUUUAUUUGUAAGUGCUAUAAGAGCACAAUUAAGUUUUUAGUUUUAUUGUAAAACGUAAGCUACAAUAUAAGUGUCCCAUUAUGGAAAUUUUAUAAAGCCACUAUCUGGAAAUCAUGGGAUUACUAUGUAUUAAUAUAUGGUAUAUCUUUUUUACUUCUAAAUCGAUUUUAUAUAACAGGUUUGAAAAUAAGAUGAAUAUGGAGUUCUUAGGUUUUCGCGAUUGUUACACAUAUUAU